CUUGAAAUUGCAAACAAUAAUGUGGUGGGUAUGAAAUUCAAGUUUAGUGGGAGAAAAAUACGUUGUGAAUAAUGAAAGAUUUUAAAUUCUGUAGUUUUGUCACGUGGGUGGGAAUCAGAACAUUAGGAUUACUAAUUCUAUAUUUCCAUCUGUUUCAUUUACUUUGGUAAAGUCUGGGAGUUAUUGAUUUAAAGGCUAAAAUGCCCCUAAUAAUGAAACUAUACAUUGGGAUCCUUGCACACCUAACUUGGGUUUUAUGGGGGUAGAAAGGUCAUAUAUUAGUCUUUUUUGCUCCUUGCCCAUAAGAAUUAGAAUUUUUUGGGCUGGCACUGGGGUAAUGUUGUUGUUGUUGUUAAAAAGAUUGUAUGAACUAUGAACCAACCUUAUAAUUUUCAACUUCAUGACUUAUGCUAAUAUGCUGGGAUAACAUUUCCUGGGUUAUUUUCCUCAUGCCAAUCAAACAUGCUGCAAGCAUUACAAUGGUAUUCUCUGAAGUACUAAUCGAGGUUUAGAAAAAGGUAGAUUUCUCAUUUCUUUCAGGUUAUCUUUGAAUCUGGCAUUUUUCUGAGCUUGAGGUUGUCCAGUUCUAAUCUUUGAUCUAUCUGGGUUAAAGACUUAACGGUCCUUUUUUGUGAUAUAGGAUUGUUAAAUUUCACAGUUAUAAUGCUCCAUACUUAAAGUGUAAAUCACUUUUAUCUUUGCUUAAAUGUUUAAAGUAUGUAUCAAUACAUUUCUUUUAUUUUGAAUAUGAUGGUGAAGGUUCUCCACUGUUUGGGCAAAAGCCUGCUUUUGGUGGCUUCGGAUCGAGCACUCCUUAACCAAGUUCUUUUGGAAGCACCUUUCAGCAAUCCCAACCAGCAUUUGGGAGCACCUUAUUUGGUUCGUCCCCUCCAUUUGGAGCACAAAGUCAACCCGCAUUUGGUGCUCCUAGCACCUCAGCAUUUGGCCCGUCCAGCACCCCUGCAUUUGGUGCCCCAACCACACCAUCAUUUGGAGGUUCAAGUACUCCAUCCUUUGGCACAACAGCAAGCACGAAUUUUGGUAGCACUGGUAGUCCAUUUGGCAUUUCAACUGCCCCUAUUUUUGGUUCAACCACACCUGCAUUUACUUCCAGUGCACCUGUGUUUGGAACCACUCCUACCUUUGGCACUACCCCCACUCCUGCCUUUGGCACUACAACCACUUCUCCCUUUGGCUCUACAACAACCCCGCCCUUUGGUAAUACGAGUACUCCUUUCAAUAUUGGAUCUACACCAGCCUUUGGCCAAUCAUUAUCUGCUUUUAGUAGCAGUCCUUUCAAUACAGCACCAACAUCCUUUGCCACUCAAAGUUCUGCAUUUGGUGUUUCAUCUUCAACUCCACCUUUCGGGGCUCCUGGUUUUGCAGGACAACCCCGGGGAACUAGAGUGGCUCCUUACCAACCUACGCCUGAGACAGAUAGCGGCUCAACUACUACUGGAAAGAUGGAGUCCAUUUCUGCAAUGCCAGUGUAUAAAGAGAAAAGCCAUGAGGAACUUAGAUUUGAGGACUACCAGUCGGGAGAUAAAGGAGGGCCUGCUCGAGCUCCACAGUCUAUUGGUGCAAACAGCCUUGGUCAGACAUCUUCCAAUCCAUUUUCAUCCGCUUCACCUAAUCCAUUUGCCCCAAAACCUCCAUUUGGAGUCUCAACAACUACAGCAGCUAGUUCACCAUUUGGAACGACGGCUACACCGAAUCCAUUUGGGUCAACAUCAGUGACAACUCCAUUUGGUUCGAGUCCAUCACUUGUAUCGAAUACCCCUCCCAUCUUUGGAACAUCUCCUUUUGGACAAUCAAUAUCAGCUCAAGCAACAACACCAACACUUGUUUCUAGCUUAGCUUUCAACACUCAGUCAACACCAUUAUUUCCGUCAACCACACCUUCACAUGGGCAGACAGGGAUAUUUGGACAGACUUCCUCAUCCAUUGGGCAGAGUACACCUUUUGGUCAAUCAAAUAUAUUUAGCACCCCAUCUACUAGUUUGGGUGGGAACUUAUUUACUAGCACUUCGUCAGUGCAAAACACAACAAAUCCUAUAGGAUUGGGUCAAACAACAUCCUCGUUUUCAACACUUUUUCAACCAGCUCAGACCCCUCAGAACAAUAUGUUUAAUAAUAUUGGCCAAACACAAGGAGCUGCUUCAAAUAGCUUUUUGGUGACAAAUAUGUUUGGCCAGAACAAUUUUCAGCCGCCAACCACUCAAAGCUCAUUGGUUUUACAACCAGCACCUGUGAGUAAUCCUUUUGGAACCUUGCCUGCGAUGCCACAAAUGUCAAUUGGCCGGACAGGCAAUUCUCCUUCUAUACAGUAUGGGAUCUCUAAUCUCCCAGUUAUUGACAAACCUGCUCCUGUCAGGAUAUCGUCAUUAUUGACAUCAAGACACCUUUCUCAGAGACGGUCCAGGUUGCAUGCAAGGAAUUAUCAUCCACAACCCGAAUGGCAUAAGGUGGCAUUCUUUACUGACGAGGAAGAGACAACUAGCACACCAAAGGCAGAUGCUUUUUUUGUUCCCCGGGAAAAUCCAAGAGCUUUGGUAAUUCAUCCAUUGGAGACAUGGCCCUCCAGAGCAAGUCCGAGGAAACCAUUUUCUACAACAGAAGAGAACAGCAAAGUUGUUGAAGAUGCAUCUGCUCCUCUACCUAAUGGAGUCUCUAAGGGUGAUAAAGAAAAUGGUUUUACUGAAAACGGUAGCUCUAAGGAAACUAUCCCACCUCCUAAAGCUAACCAAAAACCCAACGGUGUCCAGAAGGGAGGCUCCUCGGUUACACUUAAUGGGCACCGCGCUGGUGAAGCUGCAACUGUUUAUGAACAUGGGGCUGACAUUGAGGCAUUAAUGCCAAAGUUAAGGCACCCCGAUUACUACACUGUGCCUCAGAUCCAAGAGCUGGCAGCCAAGGAAAGGGCCGAACCUGGAUUCAUCUGCCAUGUCAGCGAUUUUGUCGUGGGAAGGCACGGAUUUGGCUGCAUAAGAUUCAUUGGGGAGACGGAUGUGCGAAGGCUCGACCUGGAGUCCAUUGUCCAAUUCAACAACCGAGAGGUGAUCGUUUAUAUGGACGAGAGCAAGAAACCGCCCGUGGGACAAGGUCUCAACAAGCCUGCUGAGGUCACACUCCUCAACAUAAAAUGUGUCGACAAGAAGACCGGUCAGAGCUACACGGAUGGGCCUAGAGUUGACAAGUACAGAGAGAUGCUCAAGAGAAAAGCAGAGGACCAAGGUGCCGAGUUCGUGUCCUAUGACCCACUCAAAGGAGAAUGGAAGUUCAGGGUUAAACAUUUCAGCAAGUACUGUCUCCAAGAUGAUGAAUGAAUGAAUCAAAGCCGAUGAUCAGAAGCCAGAUGAAACCAACUACUACUACUCAUCAUCCUUCUAAGUUUGUGCAAAUAUUUUUCUUUUUUCUUUGGUUUCUUUUUUCUUUUUUUGGGUGUGUGCUUAAAGUUUAUAGUAUUUUGUGUCUUUUUCUGUAUACGAGGGGGGUGUCUGUAUCAGCCACUUUCAUCUGCAGGCGUCACUUGAAAACUGUUUUAGAAUAUAUGCUGGCCUCCUCUUAUGUGCCUCGAUCAAAGCAGCCCUACAAACUCACCUUGUUAUUGAUUUUGUUUAAUGGCAUGUUUUAGAAUUUGAAUUUGUAUUUUAAAUCCAAAUUAGCUCAAAUUCUAUGUUGGGUG